AUGCUGCACAGCCAUGGGAGGACUGAGGGCAGUUUUGUCAUCCUGGAGACAGGGUACGUCCCCCUCGCCAGCUACGCGCUCAAUCGGGGCAACUCGCCACGUUAUGGGCAACUAAACGUCAACGAGAGCGCGUUCGUCGAAUCCAAGAGCCUCUUCGUUGUCCCUCUAGAGCUCCCGGAGAACUGGACCGAUACGCGUGAGACGCUGCUGGAGGGGAUGCUCUUCAGCCUCAAGUACAUGGGCAUGACGCUGGUGGAGCAGCCCAAGGGAGAGGAGCUCUCUGCGGCCGCCGUCAAAAGGAUCGUCGCCACCGCGAAAGCAAGUGGAAAGAAACUGCAGAAAGUGACUCUGAAAGUCUCGCCCAGAGGGAUCGUGUUAAACGACAGCGGAACGAACGAGCUGAUCGAGAACGUCUCCAUAUACAGGAUAUCCUACUGCACGGCAGACAAGAUCCACGAUAAAGUGUUUGCCUACAUUGCCCAGAACCAGCUCAAUGAGAACCUGGAGUGCCAUGCCUUCCUCUGUACCAAACGGAAAAUGGCACAAGCAGUCACCCUCACUGUAGCCCAGGCCUUCAAAAUCGCAUUUGAGUUCUGGCAAGCAGCUAAGGAAGAGAAGGAAAAGCGGGAAAGAUCCAUCUUGGAAGGAGAAGGGACAAGCAGCCCCAGCUCAGAAGCCCCUGCCCACCCCGACGCAUCAGCAGCCACGGGGAACUUGCUGGAUUUAGAAGAUCCUGCCAAAUCGCCCCUGACCAGCAGCGCAAACUCCCCACACUUAGAUAACAGCAUGUUUGGGCCCAGCUCCUCUGUAAAUAACAACGUGGUGUGGGAAAUGGAUGAUGGUCUCGACGAGGCAUUUUCAAGACUGGCUCAGUCGAGAACAAACCCUCACGUCCUCGACACGGGACUGACGGCUCAAGACAUCCAGAGUGCAGAAACGCUCUCACCUGUAGACUGGAACAAAAUAGAUUCCAACACAGGCGAGAAAGAUGAUCUGUUCAUGUUUUGA